UUUCCUCUGUGUUUGUGUCAACAUCUGGUAAAUGUAGUUCAUUUGCUAAGUUGGGAAGGUCGACACCUGUCCUUAAUUGGUGAAUGGCGGUGCACAGCGUGACAGUUAGGAUGACGAGGUAUGUCGGGCUGGCAAUGCUCUCGCUGCUGUUGGCAGCUGUAGAGUGCAACAGUAUGUCUCCACCAGGGAAACCAGUCCUGCUCGGCUGCACAUCCCCUGAGAAGGAGACGUUUACCUGCCGGUGGGAGCCAGGCUCCGACGGAGGGCUGCCGACCACGCACCGCCUCUACUACGAGAGAGAAAAAUUGGAAGGAACACAUGAGUGUCCAGACUACCACUCAGCAGGAAGGAACUCCUGUUAUUUUGACAAGAACCAUACCUCCAUCUGGGUCGACUACUACCUGACAGUGGUGGCCUUCAACGCCCUCGGCAACGCCACUUCAGACACCUUACGGAUAGAUGUGGUGGAAAUAGUAAAGCCCAACACUCCUGAAAAUGUUACACUGCUGGUGGAGGAGAGAGAGGAAAGUCUGAACCUGCAUGUGAAGUGGGAGCGUCCCCACAACACAGACACCCAGUCCGGCUGGGUCACCCCUGAAUAUCAACUAGGAGUCAAACAAGAGAACACCAACAGGUGGAAGGAGUUCAAGGCAGGUAGACAAACCCACUUCACACUGUACAGCGUCAAUCCCGGGGUGGUGUACAUGGUCCGGGUGCGCUGGAGACUAGACCACGGCUCCUGGAGUGAGUGGAGCAACACUACCUCUGUGAAAAUCCCUGAUUAUUUUCAGAAGGAGAGACUGUUUUGGAUAUUGGUCUCUACUUUGUCUUCAGUUCCAUUUCUAGCAGUGAUGUCUAUCAUGGUCAUGAAGAGGAAACAUGUGAAGCAGUGUCUUCUGCCCCCUGUUCCUCGUCCAAAGAUAAGAGGCGUCGAUGUUCAACUUCUGAAGAGCGGGCGAUCUGAAGACAUCGUCAAUGCCCUGAUCACCAACCAGAGCUUUCCUCCUCUGGUGGCCUGGAAGGACCAGAUGGAGGACUACCUGAUUGUGUGUGACAAUGAUGACAGUCUUCAAUCUCAAAAAAGGAAAAAAAGCUUGAUUAUUCCUGCUGUCUUCCACCUAGACAGAGAAAUCCAAUGUAAGGAAUCAACCUGUGUCCAAAAUGACUGGGAGAAGGCUGCUGAAAGGAAGGAUGAAAUAAAUAACUUGAUAAACAGCAACAAGUCUCACUCUGGAGAGAGAUUAUCUAACGUGGAGCCACCCCAGCUGCCUACUCAGAAACAUCGGCGCCCAAGUAUAAACCUUGUAAACACAGACGCAACAGAUCAGAGUCUGUCAAGUCGUGACGGCACAGCUGAGAACACCUUCACAUCCUUCGCAAACAGCGGUUAUGUGGACAUUCAGAGACAUGCAGGUUACGUACAGGAAGUGGACUACAGCAGAGUGAAAGAGGUGAACACAGACAAUAUUCUCAUCCUUGAGAAAGAAAAUGUCCCGCUCGACAGCUCCGGUUACAUUCAGGGACAUAAAGAGGACCUGCCGGAGGACUACAGCAGGGUGAAGGAGGUGACCAGCGACAGUAUGGUCCUCCUCCAGAAACAAAGUGUCUCACUUGACACGUCCCGUAGAGAAAAGGGUAACCACUAUACACAUUCCACCAGUCAGAAGCCAGGAAAUCGUCAUGUGACUGGAGUUUGCACAGAACUCAUCGAUAGUGGAUAUGUGGAUACGAUCCCUGCAUCACCUUUAAUGUAGGAUUCUAUGUUAUAUGCUUUGUCCAAAUAUACUUAAAUUAAAUUUUUUUUUUU